ACUUAGGCAGCAGGACAAUGCUGGUGUUUGUGCAACGGACCCUGAGUGGCGGCUGGCUCUCUCAGAUCGCUCUCGCUUGACUACCAUUGCUGCACACAUUGUUGAAGUGAAAGGAAAGUGGACAGCUUGAUCCUGUCUGUGGGAUGCACCGACAGAGUCCUUUGUAAAUGCUGGAUUCCAAAUGCCGUAAAAGAAUACUGACAGUGGGGGAGAGAUUGGGUUUUGAAAAGGGUAUCCACCCCUGCCGUACCAGGGAGAAGAAGAAGGCGGUCCAGUGCUGCCCCAUUAAAAGAAGCAGCGAGCUGCUUUUGUGGCGUGGGUGGGCAGGUGAGGGUUAAGCUGUGGUGACAACUUUGGGCUGUGUGCCGAAGUGUGGGAGGGAAGAGGAAGAGGAAAAGGAAGACGAAGAGGAGGAGUAGGUGGUGGAGGAGGAGGAGGAGGAGGAGGAGGAGGAGAGGAGUAGCGGGCCUGGGCCUGGAGCCCAAACACAAGCAGGAUGGCAGAGAAGAAAGUCAGCAGCCUCCCUGCUAAGCUGAUUAAUGGGGGCGUGGCAGGCCUGGUUGGUGUGACAUGUGUAUUUCCUAUUGACCUGGCUAAGACCCGCCUACAGAACCAGCAGGGCGUCCAAGUCUACAAAGGAAUGCUGGACUGCCUGGCAAAGACGGUACGCUCAGAAGGCUAUUUUGGAUGUUAUAGAGGUGCAGCAGUGAACCUCACUCUUGUUACACCAGAAAAAGCCAUCAAGCUGGCUGCCAAUGACGUCUUCAGACAGAAGCUCUCUAAGGAUGGGCAUUUGCCCCUGUGGGGGGAGAUACUGGCAGGGUGUGGGGCUGGGACCUGUCAGGUGGUAGUCACCACUCCCAUGGAGAUGCUUAAGAUCCAGCUGCAGGAUGCAGGAAGGCUCGCUGCCCAGAGGCCUGUUCCAACUCCAGCUCAGGCUGCUGCUCCUGGUCCAGCUCCAUCGUUGGUGGCCCCCCCACCAGCGCAACAGAGCCUUCCACCACGGCCCUCAGCCACCGGCAUCACUGUAGAGUUGUUGAAGACUCGUGGACUGGGAGGCCUCUACAGGGGGGCAGGAGCGACCUUAAUGAGGGAUGUCCCCUUCUCAAUGAUCUACUUCCCUCUGUUUGCCAACCUAAACGCGCUGGGCCGGGAAAGCCAGGGUGAUGUGCAGGGCCGGGCGCCAUUCUGGCAGUCCUUUUUGGCAGGCUGCACCGCAGGCUCAGUGGCAGCUGUGGCUGUAACGCCACUGGAUGUCAUAAAGACUCGUCUGCAGACCCUGCAAAAAGGUGUUGGUGAGGACACAUACAGAGGAAUUGUUGACUGCACACAGCGCAUCAUGAGUCGGGAGGGCCCCGCAGCAUUCCUGAAGGGCGCAACGUGUCGUGCUCUAGUCAUCGCUCCUCUUUUCGGCAUUGCGCAGGGUGUCUACUUUCUUGGGGUAGGGGAGACGGUGCUAGGUUUGCUGGGAUAGCGGUGUUUGGCAUUGGUGGCGGUGGUUGUUUUGUCUCUGUACAGAUAAUUUGCUGCUUUAAUCUGCAGUGAAUGCGGUGAAUACAGACAGGGGGAAAUACGGCCACUAACCAAAGGAAGAGGAAUGGUCUGAGAUAUGAAGAGGCUCUAUUUACUAAUAUGUGGACCAAUGGGUUCACACUAAUCAUGUUUCUCUAGGUUUUUACAUGCUGUCAACAGGAUUCCGUAGGUUAAACACGGUCCUGUGAAUGUGUAUGACUAAUCUGAGGGUAUGUUCCCCAAGUUGUCUGGGUUAUGCCUGUGUGCUUGUUGCAAUAUAUCUGGGGCUUUUCCUUUCACCUGGGAGAGAUUACUCUGUCUGGUUUGUUAAGAGAGAGCUGCUGCAUGAUGUUUGAGGCUGUUAACUAAAAUGCCUACCAAUCUGAACAUUUGUACAGUCAUGAUGAAGAACUGUGCAUCAUCCAAUGUUAAGGGACAAAUUCCCCUUUCAAUCUUUAUCAAAAGCUAAUACUGCAUAGCGUUUGAUGUCAGAGUCUGAAGUGGCUUGACUUCAGGAACUUGAUCUCCUUCUGCCUACCCUGUUAUGUGUCCCUCCCACUCCAUCCGUGAAGUCUGAGUUGUAAUCUUGGAUUCCGUCACUGGAUUGGGAGGUGCUGCCUGCCAGUGUCUCUAAAGUCAUUUGUUAAUCUGAUGGUAAUGAUUUAAUCCCUGUAUUAGCAUACAAUAUACCCAAACACACAGCUAACUCGCUGCCUAAAGGCCACAGGUUAGACUGUUUGGCCGCUGUCUCAUAGCCUUGACUUCCUCUUCUCCACAGCUUGGAAGGAUUUAAAUAAAACCCGUAAGAAGCCUAGGGCUGAUUUUACUGCUUAGUUACACAUAAAAAUAUGUUGCUUCAAAUGAUGCGUGCACAAUAACUAAAAUAAAAGCAAUUAAAGCCUUAUCAUUGCUGCUAGUUUCUAAAGUAUCCAAACUAUAAGUUUUAAAUGAAUUCAGUGGAAUUGGCAGUGUCGAACCAUUGAUUUGGUACUCGAGUCUGAUAUAGCGAGGACAAUUAUAUUUGUUGGACCCAUGGAGGGAGUAUGGCACCAUGUCUUGCCAACUGUUUGCCAUUACUUAAGUCCACUGGGUGGCACUAAAAGCUUUUUUUUUUUUUUUUUUUACAUUUUUAAUGCAACACACAUUUUGAUGUGGCUAGUGUACCUAGGCUACUACAUUUUCCUCACUGUAGAAUGAACAUAGCCUGAGUAAACUGUUUGCUGUAAAUAAAAAUAUCUCAUACAUGCUGA